GGCUGCUCGUAUUGUUUUGAUUAAGAAAACAAUCAUUUGGACAGGUACAGCUACGGAUUACAGUAUAUAAGAUCUCUCGUGUAGAUUUAGAAGUCAUGGACGAGCAGACGGGAUCUCCUGCAGCCAAUCCCGACAACGACAGCCAGAGAAAUGGAGAUGAGAAGCCUCGACGUGGCAGCUGGCCCAAGGGGAGGAAGAGGAAGAAGCCAAUGAAGGACAGCAACGCACCCAAAGCCCCCUUAACGGGUUACGUCCGCUUCAUGAAUGACAGACGGGAGCAGCUACGGGCAGAGCGUCCAGACGUACCGUUCCCAGAGAUUACGAGGAUGCUGGGCAACGAGUGGAGCAAGCUGCCCCCAGAGGGGAAGCAGCGAUACCUGGACGAGGCGGAGCGAGACAAGGAGCGCUACAUGCGGGAGCUGGAAAAGUACCAGAAGACAGAGGCCUACAAACAUUUCACCAGAAAGGUCCAAGAGAAGCAGAAGGGCAAGCGACACAGGGGAGAUGUUGGGCACCAGGUAGCGAAUGAGGCUCUUCACGAGAAGGAUGCAGAGGGGAAGGACAGAACUGUGUUUGACAUCCCAAUCUUCACAGAAGAGUUUCUCAACCACAGCAAAGCACGUGAGGCCGAGAUGCGGCAGCUGCGUAAGACCAACAUGGAGUACGAGGAGCGCAACGCAGCCCUGCAAAAGCACGUGGAGAGUAUGCGUGGGGCGGUGGAGCGGCUGGAAGGCGACGUGAUGCAAGAGAGGGGACGCAACGGGCUCCUCCACCAACACCUGGAGACCCUGCGUCAAGCGCUCACCUCCAGCUUCAGUUCUGUACCUCUGCCAGGCAGUUUUCAUCUCCCAAGGUCAUUCCACUUGCCUCCAUUUUAUGUGAGGAAAACUCUUGAUUUUCAUCUUUAUUGGAUCAAAGUGAAACAACCUUUUGAUUCGUUCUGUUUUUGUAUUUUAUUUCUUUAAUUAAAAUAAGAUAAAUGACUCCACACUAUCCUGGAUGACUUAUUAAUAUGGGCAUUUCUGCAACCUCCUAAGUUUGUUAGAUAUUUUGCCGAUAAAGACUUCCUGUCUCAUCCAUUACGACAGUUUAGACUGGGACCAUCAGUUUUGGGGAACUUAAAUAAAAAGGAAAUUAAAUUAAAAAGGAUUUUAUUAUUUUAAAUCAACACACUACUGUGUUUAAAAAUAAAAUGUCUUUUCUUUUAUAUCUGACAGUAUGCGUGGAGCUUUUGGGCCAAAGUUUCUGAUACUGAUCGAUGCACAUGAUAAACUGGUAUUGAUCUGAUACCUCACACCAGUAAUCCAUGCCAGGACACAAACAUAAAUACUAGGCUGUAGGCUGUUAGAGGCUACAGAGUUACAGUUAAAGUUGGUGUGACAUAAAUAUUGUUGCUGUGUUCAAACACCUACAAUAUAUUUUCUGUGCUUUGAACUCCAACGUCUUCUCUUCCUGAAUCCCCAUAAAUUAAACUGCUUGCUGUUCUUUUUAGGGACCGCCCAGGUAAAUCAAGCCUUGAACCCACAUUCAUUUUAACAUGUUUAUCGUUUAAAUUAAAGGAAUGUGGUCCUACUUUGUUCCCACUUGUUUAAUCCACAUACAGAACCUGUGCUGAGCUCACACCUACUGAUUUUCUCCUGCAUAUUUCUCUCACACCUAUUUAAAUGCCUCGCUCAGACAGCAGAGACACACACUGCAAACAACACAAAUUGGCAUAAUUUCAUAAAAGCUUGAUGAUGAAAGAUGAUUGCAAAAUCCAGUGAGACCUUGCCUCAGGGAAACUGUCAGUUUCUGUUUAGAGUCAACAUAUAAGUAACAUCAAAGCUUUUUUUCCGAGUGUAAUCAUGUUUACUUCUGAUUUCAGACGAUUGCUCAUUCUCUUCUCGUAAUUGUGCCAUUUCAGUUAAUUAACUAAAAUUGACAACCUGGGACAUGCUCUGUUUUUUGCUCAGAGCAAUAACAUCAGUGGUGAUGAGGCUGGUGUUUUUGUGCUUGCUUCAUUUUCUUUCUGAUCUCAGGGGUUAAAGUUCUCUGGCACCGUGCCAGAUUUCAGAGCAGUUUAAAUUCAUACAAUACUUAAUUUAGUACAUGGUACACAGCUUUUCAGGCUCACAAAUCUUUCUUGAUUUAAUCCCUGUGAUCUGUUUUCAUUGAUUUUAGCCUGUGGUGCUCAGCAGAUACUUUGCUAAAAGUAAGAGAUAUUGUCAGCUGCAACCUAAUGAUGGUGUCUACCCCGAUUUGAGUGACAUAAAAUCGAAUUUUUGUUAGCUUAGGAACAUUUUGUGUUUUAUGACAAAUACGGGGGAUAAC